GAGCUAUUAAAGGACAAAGAACUUUUACAUAAAUAUGGUUCUGAGAAAUUUGACAUAACUCCACCAGAAAAGAAGAAGAGAGAAAAGAAAGAAAAGAAAGUAGAAGAAGAGAAGAAAGAACCUGAACCAGUUCCAGAGAAAAAGAAAUUUGACAUGUAA